AUGGACUCAAUUGAGGACUUGGACGUUUUCCUUAAAAAUAUCGACGAUAUAAGCAACCUUGUGAAAGACCUUAGCUCAUCGGAUGUUGAAGUCCAGCAGAAAGCUCUCCGAAAGGCAGAUUGCAAAAUUGCUGCCUUGCAUGGAACCUGCAAGACAAAAGUCAACAAGACCACCAUCAACACAAACCCAACACCCAAUGCUCCAGCGAAUGCACAGACAGAAAGUGCAGAGAAUUUCUUGAGAUUUAUGGAGCAAGAUGCAGAAGACAGAAGGAAGAGGAGGUUGGCUCAAGAGCAAAAGGCCACUGUGUUUAAGGACAGAGGGAAUCAAGCCUAUGCUCAAGGAGAUUAUGAGACUGCUGUGAAGUAUUACAGUGAUGGAUUGGCUGAACUACGCGACAUGCAGCAGUUGUAUACCAACAGAGCUCAAGCUUACAUAAAACUAGAGAGGUACGAGGAGGCCAUCAGUGACUGCAAAUGGGCUCUGAAGUGUAAUGAGAACUGCAUAAAGGCUUACCUUCACAUGGGAAAGGCAUACCAUGGACUGAAGGAGUACAGUGAGUCCAGAACGUGCUUCGAAAAGAUAACAGAACUUGAUCCACAUAUGGAGAAAAUGGUCAGAGAAUACCUGACCAAGAUUGACCUGGAUGAGAAAAAGGAGCAUCAAGAACUCAACGCAAGACAAGAUUUUGACAGGGGAGUGGAGAAGGCCAAACUAAUCCCUCAACUUCUGGAGAAACUGUCAGAGCCAGGACAGAUGCUUCUCUACUACUGCGGAUUAUUAGAGAUUCUCUCCCAAAUUGUGACCGACUGCAGCGGCCAGACACUUUUCAGAUUGCACGAUGGCUUCAAGAUCAUCGACAGCAAUGACACAAUGAGGAGUUGCCUGUUGCAGGAAGCAAAUGAUCCCUGCAGCCAGGACUUGUGUGUCCUUAUUCUCACCAUUUGGAUGAUAAUGUGCAGGGAAAAUGAUGAAAACCAGAAAACGCUGUUGACAUUUCCAGUUUCCAAAGAGUCCAUUGUUCCCUUGGUUACAUCCGAACAUGAUGCCGUGCAGAAGGAGUGCCUGGAAUUGUUGUGUUUGUAUUCGCUUACAUCACAUGGCAGAUGUCUUCUCAUUAACAACUUGGAUGUUUGCAUGUUAAUGAAGAACCUCAUGGCGUGCAUCUCGAAGCCAAAGAAGCAACGGGAGAUCAGAGCUCUCCUCAUUUUGCAGAAGUUGGCGGAAGAAAAAAAAUUCUGCCGCCUGCUAAGGAAUAAGAUUGCAGACUCUGUCGCUGAGCCAUUCACAGCAAUAAUGACUAAUAUCAGCAAGGACAUUCAGAAUGUCAUACCUCCACUUUUAUCAGUUGUUGGCAGUCUAAUCGGUGAUGACGUCAUCCGUCACACUCUUGUUCACCAUGCAGAAUGCUGGAAGGCCUUCCUGCUUGCCAUUAAGCAAUGCAUUGCAUGCAGUGAUAAGGACAUACUUUACCCUCUCCUUGGCCUGCUCAUAAACCUCUCAACUCUCACCUCACCUGUCAUAAAGGAAAACGCCAUUAAUCUGUGUGGUUGCUGCCUGGACCUGCUGAGGGACGAUGACGUCAGUGUCGUAACUAGAGCAAUGGGUGUGUUGAGCAACGUCCUCCCUCAGUCCUCUGAGGCUGUUAAUCAUGUUGUUCAGCGAGAUGUGGUGAAGACGGUGCAGCAGCUGCUGAAGCAAGCAGACUUGGCUGGCACUAAGUAUGCCAUCAAGAUUCUGACCUUGUGCACAGCUGCCAGCCAGAUUGCUCGGGAGGAGCUGGUGAAGUCUGACAAAAAACUGUCUGUUCUCCGUCGUUUGCUUGGCUUCAGCUGUGAUGAGAUGGUGUCAGGAAAUGCUGCCCUGUGUCUGGCCCAUUGCCUUGAGUUGAAGGGUAUUGCCAGCAACCUGCUGGGCACUGAUAUCGUGAUUCUGCUUCUUCGCCAUGCUGCUGGCGACGCGAAAAAAACAGCUGUGCAGCAAAAUUCAGCUAUUGCUCUGGGGAAGCUGUGUCAAUCUGAGCCCAGGCACGUGAGCAGACUCCGAGAGCUACAUGGCUUUGAGAUCCUGCACUCCUGUAUGAAGCUCAUCAACUAA